AUGCCAGCCGGAGUAAUGGUUCCGGCGAGAAACAUGCCAUCGGCGGCGGCCAUUCUCAGAAACGGCGGUACGAGCAGUAGCAGUAGACUCGGUAUUGGUGUUGUUGAUGGUGGAUUUGGUUCAUCUACUCUUCCAGUACUAGGCCAGCCGAGCAUGAUGGACGGAAUGGGAGGGCUUCAGUAUCACCACCUAGACAUGAUGACUCAGCAGCCCACGCCGGAGAGUGACAUCCACGGCGCCGGCGGCGAGUUCGACAUCAGCGGGAACACGAGGUCCGGCGGCAGCGACAACCAGCUGGAAGGCGGCGGCGGGUCCGGUGAUGAUCAAGAGCAGCAGCGGCCUAAUAAGAAGAAGCGCUACCACCGCCAUACCCAGCACCAGAUCCAAGAAAUGGAAGCAUUUUUCAAGGAAUGUCCACACCCAGAUGACAAGCAGAGGAAGGAGCUGAGCAGGGAGUUAGGGUUGGAGCCAUUGCAAGUCAAAUUCUGGUUCCAAAACAAGCGCACCCAAAUGAAGACACAGCACGAGCGAGUAGAGAACUCCCAACUGAGAGCGGAGAACGACAAGCUGCGAGCGGACAACAUGAGGUACAGAGAAGCCCUCAGCAACACCUCUUGCCCCAAUUGCGGCGGGCCUACCGCCAUCGGAGAAAUGUCCUUCGACGAACACCAUUUGAGGCUCGAAAACGCCAGGCUCAGAGAAGAGAUCGAUCGCAUAUCGGCCAUAGCAGCCAAGUACGUAGGGAAGCCAGUGAUGAACUACCCGCUCAUGUCCUCCCCCAUGGUGCCACGUCAGCUCGAGCUCGGCGUCGGCAACUUCGGAGGCUCGCCGGCGGCAGGAGGACCAGUAGACAUGUACACCGGCGGAGGAGGAGGAGAAGCGGCGCCUGGGGAGCUGCUCAGGUCAAUAGGCGCGCCGCCGACGUCAGAAGCCGACAAGCCGGUGAUCGUCGAGCUGGCGGUUGCGGCCAUGGAGGAGAUGGUGAGGAUGGCCCAAAUCGGCGAGCCCUUGUGGAUCGUGGACGGCUCGAAUCUGGUGCUCAACGACGACGAGUAUCAUAGGACUUUUCCCCGCGGGAUUGGGCCGAAGCCCAGUGGGCUCAAGUGCGAGGCCUCCAGGGAGACUGCGGUUGUCAUCAUGAGCCACGUCAGCCUCGUUGAGUAUCUCAUGGACGCGAAUCAAUGGUCUGGUUUGUUCUCUGGAAUAAUCUCGAGGGCUAUGACAUUGGAAGUGCUGUCCACUGGAGUUGCAGGGAAUUACGACGGAGCACUCCAAGUGAUGACGGCUGAAUUUCAACUCCCGACUCCACUGGUGCCAACCCGCGAGAGCUACUUUGCCAGAUACUGUAAGCAGCACGCCGACGGGAUGUGGGCGGUGGUCGACGUUUCCUUGGACGAUCUACGGCCCAGUCCGGUGGCGGCACGGUGCCGGAGAAGGCCCUCGGGUUGUUUGAUCCAAGAAAUGCCUAACGGUUACUCCAAGGUGACGUGGAUAGAGCACGUGGAAGUGGACAACAGGGGAGUCCACGAUCUAUACCAACAGAUUGUUGACUGCGGCCACGCCUUCGGGGCAAAACGGUGGGUGGCAACACUAGACCGGCAGUGCGAGCGGCUCGCCAGCGCCAUGGCGACCAACAUCCCAACCAAUGACGUCGGCGUGAUCACUAAUCUAGAAGGGAGGAAGAGCAUGAUGAAGCUAGCAGAGAGAAUGGUGGUGAGCUUCUGCGCCGGAGUCAGCGCAUCCACAGCUCAUACGUGGACGACAUUGUCCGGAACCGGAGCCGACGACGUCCGGGUCAUGACGCGGAAGAGCGUCGACGAUCCCGGAAGGCCGCCGGGGAUCGUCCUCAGCGCCGCCACUUCGUUCUGGCUCCCUGUCCCUCCCAAGAGGGUGUUUGACUUUCUCCGGGACGAGAACACUCGUAGCGAGUGGGACAUUCUGUCAAACGGUGGAGUGGUGCAAGAAAUGGCUCACAUUGCUAAUGGACGUGACACAGGCAAUUGUGUCUCUCUUCUUCGUGUCAACAGUGCGAAUUCGAGCCAGGGGAACAUGUUGAUACUGCAAGAGAGCUGCACGGACCCGACGGCGUCGUUGGUGAUCUACGCGCCGGUGGACAUAGUGGCGAUGAAUGUGGUGCUCAACGGCGGGGAUCCGGAUUACGUGGCUCUGUUGCCGUCAGGGUUUGCCAUUCUACCUUAUGGAACCAGCGCCGGGGGAGGAAGUGAAUCUGAUGGCGUGGCUGGUGGUGGAGGCGGCGGCGGGUCUCUUCUGACCGUUGCGUUUCAGAUACUGGUGGAUUCAGUUCCGACGGCAAAGCUUUCUCUCGGAUCGGUUGCUACUGUUAACAAUCUCAUUGCUUGCACCGUCGAGAGGAUCAAGGCUGCUUUGUCUUGUGAGAAUGCGGCCUGA